CUCAGAUGUAGCAAAACCCUGACGAAGAAAAGCAAUGGACUUGCUCAAAACCCAGAAACGAGAAUGGUGGCUCCGUGACUGCAGCGAAUCCAAUCCGUAAAACCCACUUCGACAUCUACAAUGUAAAGCUCAUUCCUUUACCAGCAAUGGCGGAAUCGUGUGGAAUCGAGCGUUUCUGUGUUCCAUUUGAUAGUCGGAAUCGAGGGGGAAGGGUUCGUGUUUUGAUACAAAACAUAUCUCAAACGGUUUCGUUUAAUAUGAAACCGUCCGGUUCAAUAGAAACCGUUCGGUUCGUUAAUUUUAGCUCAAUCUAAAACUUGUUUGUUGAUUGUUGCUGAUCUUGCUCCCUCUCCGCCGCUCUCUUGCUCUCUCUACCAAGAACUUUUACUGUUACCGAAACCCAAACUUGAGAAAUGGCCUCUGGAGAAAUGGUGAUCUAUGUUAAUGUUUGAAAAGUGUUUCCUUUUUCCCCAAAUUUACAGUGGUUAGAUAUGAAUUCUCUAAAAUCUUUGAGGUACAGUAGCAUCAGAGAAGCUUUAACUCAUCAAAAUCCAAUAAAGUCUUCAUCUUUAUGUCCCCUUUACUUGUACAAUCAGAGAAGAUGGUUAAAGCCUGUAGAUUCAGCGCAGACUAGGUUAGAGAAUCGAACGAGAGAUCAUAAGUUAGACAAACUCAUUGCUCAGAUUAGGAAGCAAAACGUCAUACUCGAGAUUUCUAAACUCAUGUCUUGCAAAAAGCGUGGUCCUUUUGUGUCUUUGCAGCUUAUGUCUCGAUGGAAGAAUCUGGUUGGUUUGAAUGUAAAUGUUGGAGCUUUUGUUGGUAAGUAUCCUCAUGCUUUUGAGAUCUUUACACAUCCCUUUAGGAAGAAUCUGUGUUGUAAGAUUACUGAGAAGUUGAAGGGAUUGGUUGAUGAGGAAGAGAAUGUGAUUAGAGAGUGUGAGGUUGAUGCUGUGAGACGGAUAAAGAAGUUGUUGUUGAUGUCGAGAAAUGGUGUUCUUCGUGUACAUGCUUUGAGGUUGAUUAGAAGGGAAUUGGGUUUACCUGAGGAUUUUCGAGAUUCGAUUUUGGCUAAGUAUACUUCAGAUUUCAGGUUAAUUGAUUUGGAGACUUUAGAGUUAGUUAAUGGAGAUGGUGAUGAUGAGAGUUUGUGUGUGGCAAAAGUUGAGGAGUGGAGAGAAGUUGAAUACAGAGAGAAAUGGUUGAGUGAGUUUGAGACGAAUUAUGCGUUUCCGAUUCAUCUUCCGACAGGGUUCAAGAUUGAGAAAGGAUUCAGAGAAGGGCUAAAGAAUUGGCAAAGGAUACCUUAUGUGAAGCCUUACGAGAGAAAGGAGAUUUCUCGAGGGUUAGAGAGAUUUGAGAAGCGAGUGGUUGCAGUUAUCCAUGAGCUUCUGAGCUUAACGGUAGAGAAAAUGGUUGAAGUCGAAAGAUUAGCUCAUUUCCGAAAGGAUCUUGGAAUUGAAGUAAACGUGAGGGAAGUAAUAUUGAAACAUCCUGGGAUUUUCUAUGUAUCGACGAAAGGAAGUACGCAGACUUUGUUUCUGAGAGAAGCUUAUAGCAAAGGCUGUUUGAUUGAGCCAAAUCCGAUAUACAAUGUGCGGAGGAAAAUGCUGGAUCUUGUGUUAUUGAAAACGCGUCAUUCGAGAAAAUUGUUACAAACGGAGGGUGAAACUCAUGAAGAAGAGAAGAGGGAUGUUUUGAUUGGUUCUGAUGAAGAUUGGGAAGGAGAGAGAGAUGGAGAUUGGGUCUUACCAAUUCUGGGGAAAUGAAGUUUGUGCAAAAAGUACCAUUCAAUUCCCAAAGUGUAUCAGGUUGGAGUUGUUUGUGAAUUAGAUGAUCCUCUCUCAAAUCGUCCCCUGAAGACUCUCGGAUGUCAACAAAUCCUUCAGUGAGUAGUAAAGGUUUUAUCCACCAGCUGGUAGCCGUGAUUUGCUCAUUGAAGGUAUGUUAAAUGCUGGCUACUUGGAAUCUGCUAAAGAAAUGGUGAGUAAGAUGACCGAAGGAGGGUUUGUUCCUGAUAUUCAAACUUUUAAUACUCUGAUUGAAGCUAUAUCUAACUCAGGGGAAGGUUAAUUUUGCAUUGAGAUGUAUUGUACUGCUUGCAAGUUAGGUCUUUGUGUAGCUAACGACACUUACAAGAUACUUACACCUGCGGUUUCAAAGAUGGAAAGAUUGAUGAGGCGUUCUGUUGCUGAACAAUUGUGUGGAGAUGUGCGUUUCCGAGUUUGUAUGCUCCAAUAACUAAGGAAAUGUGUAGAAAUGGGUUGUUUGAUGAUGCCUUUAGCUUUUUCAGUGACAUGAAGGGGAAGCUCAUCCACCUAACAGGCUGGUUUACACAAUGCUGAUUACAAUGUGUGGUCGUGGCUGGAAAUGCGUGGAUGCAGCUAUAAUAACUUGGUUGAGAUGACAGAUGGGGUUGGUUCCGAUAUCAAGACUGAUGGGUUGAAGAAUAGAACAUUUAGAAGUUCAGCUUAGAGGAGUUUGAUAUUUCUAAACUUAGAAGGGCUUUUGAGGUCUCUCCUACGCUCUGAUACUUAGGAUUCUGUAGAAUAUUCAGCUCAUUUUUCAUAAGCUUGUCUAACUGUUGUUGGUUAGGUUACACUUGGGUUUGGGUAGGUUAGCUGGUCUCGAGACUAGUUUCUUUCCAGGAAAAAAGGCGAGAUAGAAAUUACACA